UGUGUUUUGUUACUCAACAAUUUUUAAUAAAUGUGGAGUUUAAUCAAUUAAAAUUAACAAAAUGAUAAGGCUGAGAAGAACGCUCACCUUAAGAGGACUCCAAAGAACCUGGUGCCAACGUCUGCUUACCCAAAGCUGCACCGGCAACAAGCAGGAAUUAGAACUGACAAAUGAGGUGAAGCAAAAUAUAGAGGAACAUUGGCGGCACAAAGUGAAUGAGGGUCAGUUUAAUCGGCAGCAGUCUCAGGACAAGUACUAUGUUCUCUCAAUGUUUCCCUAUCCUUCUGGUAAUUUGCACAUGGGUCAUGUUCGAGUGUAUACCAUAAGCGAUGCAGUGGCCAGAUUCCAUAGGAUGUGCGGAAAAAAUGUUUUCCAACCCAUAGGAUGGGAUUCCUUUGGAUUGCCCGCCGAGAAUGCAGCUAAUCAACGAGGAGUAGAGCCCUCGCAAUGGACGGAUCAGAAUAUAUCCCAAAUGAAGCAGCAAUUAGAGCGUCUGGGAUGCUCCUUUGACUGGUCACAUGAGCUUUCUACAUGCAGUCCAAAAUAUUACAAAUGGACGCAGAAAUUGUUUCUGAUGCUUCACCAGCAAGGAUUGGCCUAUCAAAAUGAGGCGCUGGUUAACUGGGACCCUGUGGAUCAGACUGUGUUGGCCGAUGAGCAGGUGGAUGCCAAUGGCUGCUCUUGGCGGUCCGGUGUCAAAGUGGAAAAGAAGCUGCUUAAACAAUGGUUUAUAAGAACCUCGUCCUUUGCCAAACAAUUGCUCGAUGGUCUGGAAGACCCAACGUUGAGAGAUUGGCGAGAUAUUAUUAAUUUGCAGCGUCAUUGGAUUGGUGAAUGUGAUGGAUUUGCUUUUAACCUGCAGACAUCUUCGGCUAGAAGAAACUUGCUGCGUGUAUGGACACCCAAUCCCGAAUAUCUCAAGGACCCCUUGGGCUUUUUGGUUUUAAGUAGCAAACAUUAUUUAGCAAAACUUCCAGAGGCUGAGGCAGGGCAUUUGAGUGUAGAGAAUCCUUUUGCGAAAACAACUUUGCCCAUUAUCUUUAGUGAUGAGGUAAACUUUCCGCCCAAAUGUGAUGUCUACUUAGCUGCUCCAAGUUUCCGCCAAGAAGAUCGUGAACUGUGGGAGAAAGUUGGCCUGGCUUUCUGUUCGUCUGAUAUACACUUCAACUCCACCAACUGGGAGAUUUUGCGCCAAGAGGUUUUAGAAGCCGCUCGUCGUCUUAAUGUUGGAGGCUAUCGAGUGUCGUCUAAGCUACAGGAUUGGCUGAUAUCGCGGCAACGCUAUUGGGGUACUCCUAUACCAAUUAUUCACUGCGCGAAGUGCGGCUCUGUACCCGUACCCGAAGACCAGUUGCCAGUUAUAUUACCUCCAAAACAAUCUGGAAUAGAUUCGCCCGUUUGCCAGUGCCCCAAAUGUGGAGAUCCGAAUGCUCGACGAGAAACCGAUACCAUGGACACCUUUGUGGACAGUUCCUGGUACUACUUACGCUUUUUGGAUUCCCAUAAUGAUAAAAAUAUGUUUGAUCCGGCUCUUGUAAAACAAUUCAUGCCAGUAGACUUGUAUAUAGGAGGCAAAGAACAUGCCGUUUUGCAUCUAUAUUACGCCCGCUUCAUGAAUCAUUUUCUCCAUAGCUGCGGUCUAACGCCCACCAGCGAGCCUUUCUCACGACUCUUGGUCCAAGGCAUGGUGAUGGGCCGGUCUUUUCGGAUAAAGGGCAGCGGGCGCUAUGUACCUGAAUCCCAAGUAGAAAUAAUUAAUGCCAAAAAGAAUCAAGCCCUGUUAAAAGAAACCAAAGAACCUGUGGUAAUGUCUUGGGAGAAGAUGUCCAAAUCUAAAUUAAAUGGCGUGGAACCCAGUGAGAUGUUCAAUGAGUAUGGCACGGAUACAACACGCUUGAUAAUCCUAGCAGAUGUUGCGCCCACCUCCCAUAGGAAUUGGUCUAGUGCAACUUUUCCUGGCAUACUCAAUUGGCAAAAACGACUAUGGAUUACUCUAAAGGCCUUUCAAAGUGCCCGUGAUGAUCCUUCUCCUCCAGAGGUGGACACUCAGAGCGAUGUCUUUUUGGCUGAAGAUGCCAAGCUUUUUGAUGCGCGUAAUUUCUACAUUAAGGGUGCAACCUUUAAUUAUCGUCAUGCUCAUCAAUUAAGUGUGGCCAUAUCGAAGAUGCAAGGUCUAACCAAUUCCCUAAGGCGAGCUCCGAACUACAUCCAACGUUAUGGCAAACAGUUCGAAAGGGCUUUGGCUGCUCAAAUUAUCAUGUUGGCUCCCAUGGCUCCACACUUUGCCUCAGAGUUGUGGUCCAAUUUUGUGUCAGUUAAAGGUCGUCUGAACACAAGCUCAGAGCUUCAGUGGUCGGAGGACGUGUUGGCCCAACGCUGGCCGGACAUUGAUCCCUCAUACAAUCUAGAUCUUAGCAUUAAGGUUAAUGGUUUCGAGAAUUGUGUAAUCAAAGUGCAACGCACUCACCUGGACAAGGUGACGCAUAGCGAUGCCUUGGACAUUGCCUUUAAUACCGAAUCGGUAACUUCAUACCUUAUUGAUAAGAAAAUUAGGACUACAAAUUUUGUUCUAUAUCCUGGCAUUGAGGCGAUACUUAACAUCUAUGUGGACAAGGUACAGAAAACGCAAAAGCCUCCACCAAAUAGUAGUAAAGGAAACACAAAUAAAGAUGAGGCGCAUGGAGAGCGGAGGGAUUAGAAAAAUUAUAGAAUUAUCCUUAGGUAGGCAUAAAAGAUCGGAGAAAUUUUUGGUCUAACCAGCCAGGUAGUACAGCAUUUUUAAUAGAUAGGCGUACACCUCUCCCUCCCGUUAGAAUUUUUAAAAAUUCUCUUUUAAUCUUUAUUCGUUGUUUAAGUUUAAUGUUAAAUAUAUAUCAAAAUUGGA